GUGCGCAGCUAGGGUUCCUUGACCCUCGUCUGCGGAAGAGUUGGGGUCGGCGAACUACUUUGCUCAACGUUGGACGCCACGGAAAUCAUUAUGACAGCCAAAAUAGAAGCAGUGGAGACUAACUACCAAAUCGUCUUGGGAUUGAACAAUGAUUGGCUGUUUGUCUCGAAGGUGCAAGGAGUUGCUUCGGCGGAAGCUUUUCUUCACUAAACAGUUUGAAAAGCGUAGGCCAGACGAAGAUGACAGACAUGAACGAGUUUGAGGAGAUAGACAUGUUAGCAAACGUGUAUGACAACAUGGAGAUGGAGGAAGAAAGAUGAGUUUCUACAAGUGGAGGCUAAGACUUCAGAGAUUGAGAAAGUAGGGUUGACAUUAGUAGGAACUAUUACUUCUGAAUCGUUUCUCUUUGUUCGUGAUACCAUGGAUAAUGUGUGGAAACGUAUUAGAGGUGUUACUAUUACUGAGAUAGGGGCACGCAGAUAUAUGUUCCAAUUUUACAGUGAGAAUGAUCUGACACGUGUUCUCGAGGAUAGAUCAUGGACUUUCGACCUUAUUGUUCUUGCUAAGUUAAAGCAAAGAGAUUUGCCUUUGCAUGUACCACUGAAUAGAGCUGAUUUCUGGCUACAGGUUCAUGAUGUGCAA